UCGCACAACUGUACACAAGAAACGAUACAAGCGAAAAUUUCAUCGUCUAUCGAAAACAUGUGUCUACUUGAUACCUCGUCAGAAGACAAUCAUACGUUAGAAGCUCAAACUAUAAAGAAUAAAUCUUUUUUCACAGACAUAGCCAACAAGUUAUUUAAAAAGUCUGUUCGGGCCAGAAAAAUUAAAUUGGCUAAGGUACUAUGGCGGAGAGUUUCUCACCCAACAGGGGCUGCAUUGUAUGCCUGUGGGAUACUGAAAGUACUAAGAGAACAUGAGACUAAUGAAGACAAAGUGCAGCAGUUAAAAGAAUACUAUAAGGAUUUUGAAAAGUACGCUGUGGACACGCUAAUGCGAACCUACAAGAAAUACCCCGAAGAAACUAUCCGACUUCUGAUCUUCAGCAUGCCAGAAUGGGGCAACACAACAUGCAUCUACCUGGCCAUCAACAACUACAACUUAAACUUCUUGUCACAAACGCCGUGUACGGAACUCAACGAUCGCUUGUGGAACUGGGGUACUCACGUCAAGAACGAAUGCAUGUGGCACGUGAAGGAGGAAUCAGAAGAAAACGAAAGUACACAAGUUCACAACAAAGAGGCCCAGGGCGGAAGUUUUCAUAGAUCUGCUAAAGGAAAUAUUGGAGAACAUUCAGGAAAACUAGAGCAUUGCAGGGUAUGCGACACUUGCAAAGAUCAUAAAAUGUUGGCCAAGCUUUCGUUUUGGGCCUUUAUCUAUAUGUCAUGCUGCUGCUCGAUCAGAAAGUAUGAUCUGAUUUUAAGAAAAUUUUUGGCGCCAUCAGUCCUGGUUCUGCUGCAAUUGGUAAGAUAA